GUGGCAGGCGGGCACAUUUCGGUUCGUCUCGUUAAUGCUAUGCUAACACCAGCGAGCUUUCAUUGAAUUUAAAGUGUUUGAAACUGUUUCGAUGGAGAGUAUCAAUGCGAAGUACGUUUCCCAGAAAAUCAGUAAAACAAGAUGGAGACUAGUAUCGCAUUCGUCUUUGCAGCAGCCAGAUAUCUUUGCGACUGGCUCGUGGGAUAACGAGGUUAACAAGAUUUCCCUUUGGUCCAUUGGGAAUCAUGGAAGUUCUGACAUGGACGAUGGAUUUGAAGGAGACCCACAGCUUUUAUGUGAACACAAGCAUGAUGGAGAUGUUCUGGACCUUCAAUUUUUGGACCAAGACAGAAUUGUCACAACAUCGUCAACUGGAGCAGUCACCAUCUUUCGCCACCACCAAAACAGUCAGACAAUAUCAGUUUCUCAGAGCUGGCCGAGAGCACAUCGUUACCCUUGUGACAACGCUCCCUGUACUGGUGUUGUGUGUAGCAGUCCUGAGAUCGUUACAGUUGGUGAAGAUGGCAAGAUCAUCGUCUUCAGAGCCGACCAGGAGGGAGUUACUCGAGUCAUAGAGAAUGCAGACAGCAGCACGAUUCAUGCUGUGACGUACCUAAGGACAACAGAGAUUUUGACGGUGAACUCCAUUGGCCAACUCAAGCUGUGGGAUUUAAGACAACAGAGCAACGCACCAUCUCAGAUUCUCUCAUUGUCAGGGGAUAGAGUCCCUCUGCACUGCGUUGACAGACAUCCGAACCAACAGCACAUUGUUGCCACAGGAGGGCAGGACGGCAUGCUCUGUGUCUGGGAUGUGCGACAAGGCAGCACACCCUUCUCACUCAUGGAGGCACACUCUGCUGAAAUGUGGGAAGUCCACUUCCACCCAACCAACCCAGAUCAUCUGUUCACAUGCUCAGAGGAUGGUUCACUGCUGCACUGGGAGACUUCUACACAAUCAGAGAUGCCCUCCUUCUUACAAGGUGGCAGAAACAACAGCAUGAUUUCUCGCAGUGCGAUGGCCCCGGCUGGAGGAAACCAGUCUCUCAUCAGCGCCUGGCUCAGUGGAGACUCCAGCAAAGGCCGUCUGGAGACGACUCACAUGCUGCCCAGCCAGACACUGUCUGUCAACAGUUUGGAUGUACUUGGACAAUGUCUUGUUUGUGGGACGGACGGAGAAGCCAUUUUUGUCAAUAGACAGGUCCCAGUUUAAAAGAGUUGUUACUGUGCAGGACAAGAUCUGUUUAUUUGUCAUCAAUGAUUUAAAGGGUUUUGUAGAUAAUUCCAAGCAGUGUAUUUCAACGAUACCAUUUUUGUAUGGAUUGCAUUUAAAACUGUUUUGAAUAAGUAAAUAAAAGCAAAUAUCUAAUGAGUCCAGUUAUGGUUUUGUAGUAAAAAGUACAAAUUCAUGGUAGAUAAUGCUUUGUUUUUAUUUUAUUUUUUAUCUUGUCACAUGGGAUGCAACACCACCACCCUUUAGUCCCUUGGUCCUCUUUUUUUAUUGCUGUGGUUGCAGUUACCGCAUACCUGCAUCUUUCCCAUUAAUCUGUCAAAUACGGUUGUCACAAUCCAUUUUAUUUCAAAUUACCUCUGCUGAACUUAUUAUUUAUGAACUUAUUAAUUCGAUUUUUAAUUAACCAGUUCAGACCAUUGGUGUCCACGAGCUACAGGUGAAUAGAUGGCCAAGAGGUAAAUGGAAGGAUGAAAGAAGGGGAAGGUAAAAAGAACAAUUAAGAAAAAUACAAGUUUCAUCCGGUAACUUGUGUGAAGUUUCACUCAUAAUUCUACCAGUAAUG